CCCUCCCUUCUGCCCUGUGCUCUCCUCUGGCUGUGUUACUGAGCUCUACCUCUCUCCAGAUCGUCACUGACUCAGCCACUCACUUCAGCGACCAUGAGUCUCAGAUCAAGCUACAGCGUGCGUACCUCCCAGGUGCCGCUGUCCCAGAUGUCAAUCAAGCGGACCACCACCACCAGCAGCAUGCCCACCUACCGGGCCGCAAGCAUCUAUGGCGGCGCUGGUGGUCAGGGCACCCGUAUCUCCUCUGCCUCCUAUUCAGGUGUCCGCAGCGGACUGGGAGCGCCCUCGAUGUCCAGCUCCAUCCAGGUCAAUGCUUCUGGAAACACAGGUGAGAUCAUGGGCAACGAGAAGAUGGCCAUGCAGAACCUGAACGACCGUCUGGCCUCCUAUCUGGAGAAAGUGAGGACCCUGGAGCAGGCCAACAGCAAGCUGGAACUGAAGAUCAGAGAGGCCCUGGAGAAGAAAGGUCCUGAUGUACACGACUUCAGCCGUUACCAGCCCAUCAUCGAUGAUCUGCGCAAGAAGAUCUUUGAUGCCACCACGGACAAUGCCCGUCUUGUCCUCCAGAUUGAUAACGCCCGCCUGGCAGCUGAUGAUUUCAGAGUCAAGUAUGAAUCCGAGCUGUCCAUUCGCCAGGGUGUGGAGGCUGACAUUGGUGGAUUGAGGAGGGUCAUCGACGACACCAACAUGAACCGUAUGAACCUCGAAAGCGAGAUCGAGGCUCUCAAGGAAGAGCUCAUCUUCCUUAAGAAGAACCAUGAUAAUGAGGUAAUGGAGCUGCAAAGCCAGAUUUCCCAGUCUGGAGUGCAGGUGGACGUUGAUGCUCCUAAGGGACAAGACCUAUCCCGGAUCAUGGAGGAGAUGAGGGCCAAGUAUGAGAAAAUGGCCCUGAAGAACCAAGAAGAACUCAAAGCCUGGCACGAAACACAGAUCUCAGAGGUACAGGUACAAGUCACGCAGAACACAGAGGCUCUCCAGGGUGCCCGUACAGAAGUCAACGAACUCCGUAGACAACUUCAGACGUUGGAGAUCGAGCUGGAGUCACAGAGGAGCCUGAAAGGAUCACUGGAGGGCACACUGCGUGACACAGAGUUGCGCUUCAACAUGGAGAUCGAGCAUCUUAACGGCAUCGUCGUGCAGCUGGAAGCCGAGCUCACGCAAUUGCGCAACCAAAUCCAGCACCAGACGCAGGAGUACGAGGCUCUGCUGAAUAUUAAGAUGAAGCUGGAGGCAGAAAUUGCCACCUACAGGAGGCUCCUGGAUGGCGGAGACUUCAAACUCCAGGAUGCUCUUGAUGAGCAGAAGAAGGUGAAAGUAAUGACUGUCACACAGACGCUGGUGGACGGGAAGGUGGUGUCUUCAAGCACAGAGACCAAGGAGAGGAACCUGUGAACACUAGACAAUACAACACAGACACCUCAUGGGCCAAUACUAAAAUUGUCUAAAUAAAAGUUAGAUUUUUUUAAGACCAAAGUGCCUUAAUAUACAGUUACUGUCUUAUUGCAAAUUAACAUUUCAAAGCUAAUUUAUAAAAACACUAAAAUUUUAAGUACUAAAGCCAAGCUUUAAGGUCAAAGAACUUAAACUUUACUUCCAUAAAGAUACAAUCCCCACAUUGUCCCAUUUUGUUUCCAUGUUGUGCUUCAGUCUUGUACUUUUCAAUAAAAGAAGAAACUUUUAUUAAAA